ACCCAAACCACGAUGGCGAAGGGGAAGGCACCGCCCGCCGGGCAAACAUCUAUUACCUCUUUCUUUGGCGGAGGUAGUCCAAGCAAGCCAAAGCCCACCAAAAAGCCGGCGGGGGCUGGCAAGGCAGCCAAGAAGACGACGAAGCAGGCCGAGGUCGUCGACGUGGACGAGCCUGAAGAAAACGAACACGAGUCCGAGGACGACAAGGGCUCCGACUUUCAGCAGGAAGAGGAGCAAGAGCAGGAGACGGAGGGAGAGAUGGAAAACGAGGUUGAGGAAACGGUGUCCGAGAACGAGCAGGAGGUCGCUACCGAGACUGACGAGGACCGGCCCAAGAAGACAAAGUCAAAAAUCGUCGCGUCGGACUCCUCCAAUGACCCACCCAUCCACAGAAUUCCUGCCAUCUUUGACGACCUCGUGGGGCGCAUCCCGCAAAUCGAAGGAGUCGUCAAGCAGCUUCAAGGGCGCAAGAUGCGGGUGGCUACGAUGUGCUCCGGUACGGAGUCUCCAUUACUCGCGCUUGAACUCAUUCGGCGGUCUAUCAAGGACCAGUUCGACCUCGACUUCGAGAUGGAGCACGUCUUCUCGUGCGAAAUCGAGCCGUUCAAGCAGGCGUACAUCGAGCGCAACUUCAGCCCUCCCAUUCUCUUCCGAGACGUCUGUGAACUCGGACGAUCACACGCGCACACCGCCUACGGCGCGCUCGCGCCCGUUCCUGGAGACGUCGACAUACUCAUUGCCGGUACGUCCUGCGUCGACUACUCGAACCUGAACAACGAGAAGCAGGACAUCGACGCGCAGGGUGAGUCCGGCAGGACUUUCCGCGGCAUGCUCGACUGGGUCCGCCGUCACCGGCCACCAUUGGUCAUCCUCGAAAACGUAUGCGGCGCUCCAUGGGAGAGGGUCAAAAAGUAUUUCGCCCAGGAAGACUACAGCGCGGAAUACUUGCGCGUAGACACGAAGACCUUCUACAUCCCGCAUACACGCACACGAGUCUACCUUCUCGCGGUGAACAAGAGGCAGUCGAGCAUUCCCGAGCAGUGGAAGAAAAAGAUCAAGGACAUCCAGCGCCCCGCUUCCUCCACCCUCGACGCCUUCCUUCUUCCUACAGACGAUCCUCGAAUCCACCAGGCGCGAGAGCGUCUUGUGAAAGAGAGUUUCAAUGCUGUCGAUCGUCGUACAGGGCGUACCGACUGGGGACGCUGCGAAUCCCGUCACCAGCGUGCGCGACUCGAGGAGGAGCUCGGUUCCAAGCGGCCCUUGACCAACUGGGAGGACGGCGGCUACUGCAAGCUGCCUGAUUUCGCGUGGAACGAUUGGGGCGUCGGCCAAGUGGAGCGUGUCUGGGAUCUCAUGGACAUUUCGCUCAUGCGAUCAGCCCAGUCCGGCGUCGACGCGUCGUACAAGACGGUCGUAUGGAACUUGUCGCAAAACGUCGACCGUACGAUCGGUUCCAGCAAGAUGGGCAUCUGCCCGUGUCUGACGCCUACCAUGAUUCCCUACAUCACCAAUCGCGGCGGGCCCAUGGUCGGUCUCGAGGCGUUGUCGAUGCAGGGUCUCCCAGUGGAUGAGCUGCUCCUUACGCGCGAGUCGGAAGACCAGCUCGCCGAUCUUGCAGGCAACGCGAUGUCUACCACUGUGGUUGGCGCGUGCAUGCUGGUGGCGCUCGUUACCGGGAAGCAGCUCCUUCGUGCUGGUGACGACAAGAAGACUUACGAGGAGAAGUAUUCGUCCGGUAAAGUUAAGCAAGAGGACGGAGACGAGGACGAUGAUGUGGUCGACGUGGUCAUGAUGACCGACAAGCUCGGCAUCGCCGAGUCCCUCGAGAAGCAUAUCUCGGGCGAAGACCAGCUGGUCGAGAAGCCUCUCGACCUCGCGGCGACAUCUCGACAACCUCUCAGCGAACUCCUUAUUAAUGCGCAGAAGAGCGCACGUCUAUGCGAGUGCGAGGGCCGAAAGGAUAUGACGGACCGCACGCUGAGUCGUUGCAAGGACUGCGGUUCGACAUCCUGCUCGAAGUGUGGUGGGCGUCCUGAACACAACCCGGAGGUCAUCGACGUCGUCAAGAACCAACGUCUCUCUCCCUCCCUCUUUGCGCGCGAGCUCAAAUCAAGCUUGCCCAUGGCGCUCAUCCUGUCGGAGAUCACCCAAGAGCUGCUCGACGACCUCAAGAAGCGGACCGACGUCGACGUUAGCGCGAAAGUCUGGGAAGGCUGGUCCGAGGCCGUCCUGCGUGCAGCGAAAGAGGAGCUGCGCUUCGCCGAACCCAAGCGGCAAGACAUCUGGAUCGUGGCCUACCAGUCGAACUUCGCCACUCUCGAGCUCUCCCUCCACCCACAGCAGCCCGAGUGGCGCUUCUUCGCCAAGCCCGCGGACGACGAGCCCGCCAACUCGAAGAUGCGCACGCUGCUCGAGGCCCCCGUCGGCCGCCUGCGCUGCACCACUGGCCUGUUCGACGGCCGCUGGGAGUUCGCGUUGCCGGCGCAGCGCAAGCUCACGCUCACGAUCGAGGGCAGCGAGCCUGUGCCGGCGUGGGAGGCGCGCCUCGGCCUGCAGGGCAAGGCGUUCCGCGACAAAACUGUGCAUUCGCGCCUCGAGAUCGCGGUGCGCGACGCAGACAUGGACAAGCUUGACCGCGACAUCUCGGGCACGUAUGUCCUCCUCGACAAGUGCGGGACCGCGAACGGGGCGCUCCACCGCCGCGACACGAAGCCUGGUGACGGAGACGUGCCGCCGCUGUUCAUGAUGUUCGACCCGUUGCGCUGCGGGGACCCCAAGGAAGACGUGUUCGUGUUCUCGAUCAGCAAGCGCAGGCUCGAGUACGGCGAGCACCGUCCCCUGAUCUGCAGGCUCACUCCCAGAUGGAGGCAAUCGAGCGUCGUUGGGCCGCAGGAGGUCGAGGCAAUGGCGCCGUGUCAGUGGAUUGAGUCGUCCGAGACUCGUCUUGAGCCUGCUCCGGACCGCAAAGCGUUCUUCGCGGUGCCGAGCAACAAGCUCGUUGUCAACCCGUCUGUCGACGCCUGCAAGAGCGCAAACGCCGUGCUUGUCUGCCGCGUGCCUCUACACUCUCAGGCAGGCCCCGAAUGGCCCGUCGGCGCGUGGAAAGAGGUCGACAAGGUCCAUGAACGACUGACAUUCAGGGCACUCGCCUGGCUGACCGAGCGCGUGCGGAACGACGACGACUUCAAUGCGUGGCAGGAGGUGCCAUACAAGGACCUGCACUUCGACUGUGAGAGGUGCGCGCCGCCUGCGCCCGCGAUCGGCUGGGCGAGGAACGAGAAAAACAAGAUCGUCGCGGUUGAGGACGCCGCCCAGGCUGGUGCUUACGAGCGUGCGCUCAAGAGGCGGCCUGCGCCGUUCGUGACGCAGUUGAAGGUCGAGGAGAACGGCAUCGGACACGUGCGCAUCGGCAUCAACAUCGUGUCGCUCAUGCAUCGCGCGCUGUCACGACUACCGUCAAAGGGGCGCGCGGCCGACGCAACACUGGCGUGGCGGCUCGAUACAGACUUCACGCCCAUGGCGAAGCUCAGCAUGCCGAAGUUCAAGCUCAAGAGCAACAAGCAGGACGAUCAGCACACUCAGCCGCCAGACUUCCACACCCUGCUUCGCCCGGAGCAGCUGCGUUCGUUGACGUGGAUGCUCCAGCAGGAGGAAGUGGAUGCCCCUCCGUUCGUCGAGGAAGAGAUCUCGGAGGCAAUCCUCGAGCCGCUGAACUGGCGCGUCGAGGGGCGCGCUCAGCGUCCGAACCGCGUACGCGGCGGCGUGCUCGCUGACCAGGUCGGCUACGGGAAGACCGCUAUUUCUCUCGGUCUUAUCAACUGCACAAAGGACGAGAUCAAAACCGAGUUCAAGGAGGCUCUCAAGCGCGAGGGGAAGAGCAGCAAGAAGACCGGCACCGACGGAGACCCGCUGUACGGACGGAUACCCUCGAAGGCGACGCUGUGCAUCGUGCCGCCGCAUCUGACGAAGCAGUGGGUGAAGGAAGCCAGCAAGUUCAUUGACCAGAGCAGCUGGCGGUACAAGAUCGUCGAGGUCGCGUCCGUCGCGCAGGUGAACAAGCUCACGGUCGAGGCCGUACAGAACGCCGACUUUAUCGUCGUCGCGUCGAACUUGUUCAAGAGCCCGAACUACGUGCAGAACCUCAGCGCUUUCGCGGCCGGCGGCGGUCUGCCCGAGAACCAGGACGGGCGGUACUUCAACGCGAGGCUCGCGAAGACAUUGGAGGCGUUGAAGGACCAGGUGGAACUUCUCAAGGCGGAAGAGGUUGCGGAAGUGUGGGAUAGGAUCGAGAAGGCGGCGGCGGAAGAAACCCACGAAGAGCAGCUGACCGUCAAGAGCAAGCGCCUGAAGGGCAAGUCCUACCGCGACCAAGCUAUGGCGCUGGAUGAGGAGGCACCUAAGCCCAAGGUGUCCAAAGCUGUUCCGCGCCACGGCCAGGUCAUGGAAGUCGUGGUGCCACGACGCGGGGCCAAAGUGUCCUCGUCGCUCCCUUCUUCGCCGGCUUCCUCUGCUACCGAGGUGACCACCGCGGCGGAAGAGGACUCCGACGUUCCGCAGCCCGCUCGUCCGCGGCGCUUGCGCAAGAAGCUCGUCAUCGACAUUUCGGACGACGAGGACGUCAAGAUGGAGGAUGCCCCGAAGGCUAAGGGCAAGGCGAAGAAGUCGGUAAAGGCCACCAAACCCAAGCGUGCGGCCAAGGACGACGAGUCCUCUGACUACGACCCGUCUGGUGCGGAGGAGAGCGACGCAGAGAUGGAUGUCGACGUCGAAGAGUCUGGUGAUGAGGCCGCCGUCCCCAAGAAGGGCAAAGGCAAAGCCCCUGCGAAAGCUCCCGCGAAAGGCAAGGGCAAAGGCAAAGCUGCGACGUCUACUUCGAGCGCUGCGAGUUCCGAUGCGGAGACGUCUUCCGAGGCCAUGGACGUCGAUGAGGCGAAGGGCAAGGGCAAGGCCUCGAGUGCGAAGAAGCGCAAGCGCGAUGCCGACGACACGAAGCAGCCCGCCAAGAAGAAGAAGCGGGCAGACGCGGAUCCGUGGGGCCUGAAGGGCCUGCGCAAGGUGCCUGACGAGUGGAAGAAGCUGAAGGCGCCGCCAUUCGAGGUGUUCCACUUCGCACGUAAGCUUGUGGACGAAUAUACGUACCUCGAGGGCAAGACGCUCUCGAUGAUCUCGAACAUUUCCGCGGAGAGGCACUGGGUACUCUCAGGCACGCCACCUGUCCAAGACUUCGGUGCCCUGAAGACGAUUUCGGCGUUCCUCAAUAUCCACCUUGGUGUCGAUGACGACGGAGAGGGCGAAUCUGCGAAGAAGCGAAAGCGUGAACAGACAGCUGUCGAGAAGUUCCACUCGUUCCGCGAAGUUCACAGUCUUGAGUGGCAUGCUCAUCGCCACGUGAUCGGCCAGGCGUUCUUGGAUCAGUUCGUGCGCCAGAACAUUGCCGAGAUCGACGAGAUCCCAUGCGCGGAGGUAAUCGAGAAGAUUGACCUCCCCGCAGCCGAGCGGGCGAUCUAUCUCGAGCUUGAACACCACCUUCGUGCUCUCGAUAUGACUAUCAAGCGCGGCAAGAAGACCGAAAGCGACCGCGAGAAGCGUCUCGCGCAGGUGCUUGGUGAGAGCAGUUCUGCUGAGGAGGCAUUGCUCAAGCGUUGCUCGCACUUUGAUCUCGAGACCAAGAAAGACAACGCGAUGAAGGCCUGCGAGAUCAUCGUGGCGGAACGGAAAGAGCAGCUGGAAAACUGCAAGAAGGAUCUGCUCAAGAAGCUCCAAGUCGGCGUCGAGACUCAGAAGAAGAUCAACGCCUUCCAAGUGGAUGAGUCUCUGUUCCAAGAGUACAUCCGUGUCUCCCGAACAGAGGGCGUUGGCGACGAGGACGCGACCAAGAUCGUUGAGGAGCUACUCGAGAAGGCUCAGGCCAAGGCUCCUCUUGCGCCCGCUGCAAAUAAGAGCGGUGCUACUGCGAAGGCGAGAGGUGGCACGAAAGGCAAGGCCGACGACGGGCUCACUGGAAAGCAGAAGGAGCAGAUCUGGGGCCACCGGGAGCACACGCAUGAAAUCCGCCGCGUCACCAAGGAGCUCACCGGACGCGUUCGAUCUCUGCGGUACUUCACCGCCGUGCGCGACCUGCAGAAGCAGCGGGAGGCUCCGCCGCUCGUGCGAUGCUUCUCGGAGCAGUGUCAGGGUCGGGAGGUGCCCCUCGACGAGAUUGCUGUGCUCUCCAGCUGCGGUCACAUGGGCUGCCUCAAGUGUGUCACCGAGUAUGCAGAGCGCGAGGAGUGCAUCUUUGCGUCUCGCGGCGAGAGCCGGUCCCGCGAUGGCGAUAUGUCCGAUGAUGACGGACCGAAGACGAAGGCGGCCCCGAGCAAGACGGCCUGCAAAGCGGCAGCGCGCGUGCUCAAUGUCGUUCGCGGCAGCACCCUCGGCGUUGACGAUGCGGUGAGGGACAAGAAUGCGAAGCACUACGGAUUGAAGCUCGAGAAGGUCAUCGAGCUGAUCAAAAAGCGCAUCCCCAAGGAAGAGCGCGUGCUCAUCUUCGUCCAGUUCCCUGACCUGAUGAAGAAGGUCGGCGAGGCGCUCGAGUCGGCGCACAUCAAGUUCCUCGAAAUCAAGGGCUCGGCUUCUCAGCGGUCCAAGAACCUCGACAAGUACCAGAACGACUCGUCUGAGCGCGUGUUGUUGCUCAACGUCAUGGACGAGAGCGCCAGUGGAGCGAACCUGACGGGGGCCAACCACGCCAUCUUCCUUUCGCCGCUUCUUGCGCCCUCGCAGGAGAUUUACGACGCCUGCGAGACGCAAGCCAUAGGUCGUGUCCGGCGUUACGGCCAGACAAAGCACGUCACGAUCUGGAGGUUCCUGAGUACGAACACCAUCGAUACUCAAAUCUAUCACGAGAGGACAGGGAAGGAGGUGAACUAGCUGUUGUAUUUUUGGGUUCAUUAGUGUUGGAUUUGGUGAGAUGUUUGUUGUGAUCUAUGCUGUCUUGCUUGCUCUGUUGUUACUACCAUCUAUGCAUUUUGUUUAGAGCUCUACAAUAUAAUUAAUCACACCCUGCG